AUGUCCGACACAAGUAUUAUGACGGUUAGGGAAAUGAUAGAUACAGCGUUUGGAGAAAAUGAGGACAACAUAUGUAUAGUUCACUUCAAACUUAUUCAGACAAUUCUAUACAUUCUUGCUAGACAGUUAAGACUGCUAGAAAGACGUGUUGGCCUUGUCGCACCAUUGCUUGUACCAUCAGCGUCCAGUUUGUCUAUUAGAGAAGUAAAAUUGAAAGCAAAAGUGCGAAAGAGACGAAAGAUAAUACCUGGAGGUGGCGGUGGUGCAGCUGGUGUUAAACGAUUUGUUGAUAAAAGAGGAAAAUCCCCCGCUAUUAAAUCAAUCGACAAAACUUUGACUGAAUCUUCAACAACUAAAACUAGUACUGAGCAAUCGUCAUCUAGUAAAACUACGACAACAAAAACGACAGAGACUUCUACCAAAACAUCUACCGAUCAAACCAAAACUUCUUCCGAUGGAACAAAAACUUCAUCUGAUCCAACAAAAACUUUAUCUGAUCAAACCAAAACCACCUCCGAUCAAACGAAAUCGUCUUCCGAUCGUACAAAAACUACCUCUGAUCAAACAAAGUCAUCAUCUGAUCGUACAAAAAGUUCUUCCGAUCGCACCAAAACUACAACUGAUACUUCCUCAUCCAAGACUUCGUCUGAUCCAACCAAAACCACAACGACUUCGUCUACAAAAACAAGUUCCGAUCCAACUAAAACUACAACUGACAUGUCAUUAAAAACGACUACUGAGACGUCAUCAAAAUCAAAAAGCAGCACGGAACCAUCUUCUUCCUUAAAGACAUCAACAGAAAAAUCGUCUUCCUCAAGAACUAAAACCUCAUCCAAAUCUACGUCUAGCGGUGACAAAGGAAAGAUCUUGUCACAGGAGUUCUUCAGAGAGCUGCAGACAUAUGAAGAGCAGAGGGAAAGAGAAAUUAGAACAAUACAUCAGAGAGCUGAUUCGCAUGAAGAAGGUAUAACAACGCCAACUCCAAUGGCCUCUGUAGACUCAAUGGUUGAGCGUGUACCAUCGCACGAAGCAAGAUCUUCUAGAGAGCGAAAAAAGGAAUCUAGCCAGAUUUCAGUAGUAACGCAGGAGCAAUUUGAAAAUCUAGCUAAGUCUGUACGCGAAAUACAAAACAAAUUCGGAGCAACGGGAGGAGCCGAUUUUCCAGAUAAUAUUGAAUUAAUGCAAGAAUUAAGACGCGGUGCCUCAUUGACUGAUGCAAUGGCAGCUCUUCAGCUUUCAGCACGCUUAGAAGCUGCAGAAAGGACGUUGCAACAAAUGACAUCUUUGGUUACAGAUCUAGCUGUGCGAAAAGGUGUAAAUUUAGAUGCAUUAGAGCAAAAGACCGACAAACAAGCUCAUAAAGCUGACACAAAACAAAAAGCCACCAAACAGCCUAAAAGUCCAAAAGCGGCCACCUCCGUUCAAGCGUCGAAGGCGUUAUCAACACUAGCGAUAUCAUUACCAGAUAAACUAGAAGAAGUGGAAACAGUAGCAGACCCUACUGUAGAUACAAACUUAGAUAUGGAGUUAAAGCAAUCUAAAAUAAAAAAUUUAAUAAAGCCAGAAGAUCUUGAGAAUGCUUUGAAAGAACUGUAUGAUGGAAUAUUAAAAGCUGUAAAUAAUAUAACUAGUAAAACCACUGCUAACGCUGACAACGCUUUGAAAACAGCUACCAAAUUAGAGGGAAAACUGGAUGCAGCUCUGAAUCUAGGGGAUCGCAUGAACGAUAUAGAAGAUAUUGUGUCUCGUUAUGUAGAAGCAAUCAAUAUAAUGGAUACAAAUUUAUCAUCUCAAAUGACCAACUAUCAAGAGCAAUUAACUCAAAUGCAACAUGAUUUAGAAUCUGGCUUGGAAGCUAUGGCCGAAGCCAUGGCAAAUACUGGUGGUGAUACAGUAGCUGUGGCAGAACUAAACGCCCAUUUCACUGACUUGCAAGUUGAUUUUGACAAUACCAACACAAGGCAAAAAGAGUUAAGGGACUAUCAGGACUCAUUAGCCCUAGACUUACAAGCGCUUUUAAAACAAAUUGAGCUACUUCGCGAGACGAAGUCAGAUCGGGAUGAAGUCGCAGAUGCUCUCCGUGACAAAGCAGGUCUGGGAGCUUUGAAUGGACUUGUCACAUUACAACAGUUCAAUGCAGUACGCGGUGAUUUUGAGAAACGCAUUGGUGCCGCUUAUGAUAAAUUCAAUAACCAAGAGAUUAUUUGGCAAAAAGCUAUCGACGAUCUUCUCCGUGAAUUGCACGAGAAGGCGGACAUAGUACAAGUAAUACAUUUACGAGACGACGUCAACAAUAAUCUUGAGAAGUUGAGAAAGAGAAUUCACGCCAUGCUUGAAAUCGUUGGGGAACCACGAGCUGCCGCAGUAUCGAGGCAGCUGUUCCGCGAUACGAAUUGCAUUUCGUGCUCCACUCCUGCUCACAUGAAUAUGGAGGAAACUAUAUUACCUGUUUUGCCUGGCUUUACAAAACCCUCUAAAAGGCCUCCAACUGUUGGUUCUGAGGACGAAUCGAAGCCAAAAGAAAGUGGGGAUUACAUCUGCUAUCCAGGGUUACCAAUACGACAUGCUAUCGAUGAAAGAGCUCACACUUGCCGUCGGUAUUGUGGAGGAUCUCAUACAACAGUUUCAAACGCGUUACCGCGAGCCCCAGCCGGCAUGAUUAUAUCCACAAUGCCACAAAGCACAGCUACAGCUUUGGGUUCCGAUGGAAAGGUUUACAAAGUUGAUGAUAUAGAAGUCAGGAAGCCGUGCACUCCUUGCAAUCAGCGAAAUAUGAAAAUACCCGAGCCGUCUGAAGCUGAUACAGCUCCGCGUGAGGAUUCUGACAUGAUGCCUUGGGAUUUUCAAGAUUUUCCACGUGUUGAAACGGCAGCUGAUGUCACUCCUCCGCCUCCUUCGGAUUUAAUAGAUUAG